CCUUCAACAAAGAUCCGGCUCACACCGCCUCUUACCUUACGCAACCCUCAAUUGACGAUCUUGACGAGCUUUUCACUAAGUCUUGUCCAUCAUUCUUCACCAACCUUGAGCCUCCUCGAAAAGAGAUUGUACACUAUCGUCGUUUGCCGAUCUAACGACCGCAACACCAAAACACUUCUACAUCCCACCAUUUGCAAAUAACCACCUCUAUUAAUCUUCGAUAUCGCGAUCAACCUCAGAAAUUGACCGCGGCAUCAUCCUACCCCUCUUCCAUGCUCGAUUACUGAGCCUACAGCAAACAAGUGCUCCGACUCCCAACGCUUCGUGCGUUGCCGCAGUCGGCGGAGGCAGAGGGCUGCGGCUGUCUGCUCUCCUCACUUCUAUCACCCGACCAUGCCUUCUUACCAUUCCUGGGGCCCUAACGGGCAGCAUGCUCGGCUUCCUCCCACCCCUCCUGAGUACCAGAAUGCCUAUCUCACGCCAAUGAGCGCUGUAUCGGAACGUGGCUAUUAUCCAUCGCAGAGCUUCCAUCCUCGACGGUCACUGUCGACAAGAGAAUACUCCGACAGAUACCAGGCUCCGCCCGCAUACACUGCUCAGCACCCUCUUGCCGCUCAAGGCUCACGAGUUGGACAUGGUCAUCCUUCUCAAGAGUACCCGUACCCUCAGCCAUUUCCUCAGGCUACUGCUCAAUAUGGAUUCAAUGCUGUCGGAGCACCCAUGUUGCCUCCGAUUCGUGCCACCGAUGCCUUGGAUUUUUCAGGAAACUACACACAGCAGCCAACUGAACCAAAGCCAAAAGAGGAGAAGCCUACUGGGGGUGUGGCACAACAUUUGGACUACGAUAUGGAUUUAAUGUCCAACUUCGUCGCUGAGAUGUCUCAGAAUCUUGUGACUCCGGAGUCUUCACCAUCGUCUCAAUUCCGGAAAUACGUCUCGCAGAUUCUGUCGUCAACUCGCCUACCGAGCUCCACGAUCAUGCUGGGUCUCUUCUAUCUCGCAUCCAGGAUGAGACAACUGAGUGAGCGGGGACAAUCGACUUCGUCAUCGGGUACCGUGUAUCGCAUGCUCACUACCUGCCUCCUACUUGGCAGCAAGUUCCUUGACGAUAAUACGUUCCAAAACCGCUCUUGGGCUGAAGUCAGCAGCAUUCCUGUACAUGAGUUGAACAUGAUGGAGCUACAAUGGCUUACAGAUUUCAACUGGGAGAUCCAUGGCAUGAUGUAUGAUGAAGAGGAAGGCUUCUUCAUGUGGGUUGAACACUGGCAUGCAUAUGAAGAGAAGGCUCAACUUGAGAAAGUCAAAGAGAUGCAGAAGCUGGCUCCUAUCGAGACCAAGAUCCGUCGCAGUCAUUCUCUUCACCACCAGCAGCCACUUAUGUCUCCAGAAGGCCCGAUUCCUCCUCAAUAUCAACAGGGCUCACAGUACGACACACGUUGGGUCCAGCCAUACAUCUCGGAGUAUUCACCACCAUCUGCACCGCAUAGCGGUCCGGCUACGCCCGACUAUUAUACUCCAACCUGGUCAUAUACACCAUCCGGCUCAGGUUUCGGUCGUCAGUCUUACCACUCCGGCAAUGCUUCUGCAUACAAUGCCCAACGCAAUCAACUUCCAGCGUAUGGCCAGUUCUCCUAUCCUGCAGGCCUUACAACAAACAACUGGAUGACACAUGGACCCAACUGCAAUUGUGCGCUGCACGCUAAACACUCAGACUACUACUUCAGUCAUGCGGGAUAUCCUAUGCAAACUGUUGUCGGCUAAAACUGUUUCGCCGACUUCCAGCGUUUAGCGAUUUGUUGGAUCCGGCCAAAAAGUUAUCGAACCGCCUUGUCACUUCGGUUCUGUUACAUCACUGCCAAUUCUGGCCAUGGUCUCGAAUACGACGUUCGAAACCAUCAGAUCUC